GUAAAACUAGGGAAGAAGAGGUGAGAAUGGCUGACGCAGACCCAACAUCUAGGUUACGGGAAAGCUGCGGCACCGGGAGCGGCGUCAGGCUACCCCCGCCCGGGUGUUGUUGGAGCGUCUCCUGGGGACUCUUAUUAACAGAGAAAGUGGCUUCAUGAAUAGGAAUGCCUGCCAGAUACCAGGAUUGGAGGUGAUGGAUGAAGAUUGGCACAUUGAAGAAGUCUUGGAUAAGUUUGUGAAUUGUCACGAGCAAACAUAUGAAGAAUUUCUGAGCACUUUCACUCAUCUUUCAAAAGAUAAUGUGACCAAAAGAGGAGCCUUUGGAACCAAUUCUUCAGAAAACAAUUUUCCUUCAGUAAAAUUUACUCAGAGAAAUGAACCAAAUGAUCACCAUCUUAGCAAUAAAGCCAUCUUUCUUCGUACUUCGUCACAGUGUUCAGAAGAGGAACAGAUAGUGAUGGAUGAAGGCCAAAAAGUUGGCAGUUCCUUUCAGGGUGAUCUGAAUCGGGCAGGAAAGGUGAAGGUAGACAACUUCCUUGAUUUAGAAGAUUUGGACUUGGAUGAAGAGAUUAAGCCCCAAAUGAAUUUGCUGCUGCUUCCAGGAGAGGUGGAGCAGGACAGGAGGAUGAGUGUUCCUUCUUACCUUCCUUCCGUGGCCCAGCCUCUUACCUCUGGAGUGAAGCCAAGGCCCACUGGAAAAGGAGCAGGGGAACAAAGGGAAGAGAUAGUCGGAGGUGAAGUUCGGCCCUUCUCACUUGAUGAAGAAUUUGAUUAUGACGCUGUGAUGCUAACCCCCAAGUUCACUCCUGCAGAGGUAGAUACCAUCAAAGAGCUAUGCAAGCAAAGGAGAAAGAGCACAGACUUAGAGAAACCCCGGGACUGAUCCACCAAGACAUCUUCGUGUUUAUUUUUAUUUUGUUCUUAUUCGAGCGACAUUAGAAUAAAAUAUAUACCUACUAUAA